AUUGCAACACGUGUGGCAAAGUAGCUGACUUCGACAGUUCGAGGUGUCAAACGGCAGUCAUAAAACGAGGUGUGCUUGCAAGUCCAGGUUGAUUAACAUGGACACGUUGGAAUGGUUGGCGAAACACGCAUGGAUCGACAAAAUCUUGAGCCACUUUGACCGGAAUGCUGUCAAGCCCAUUGAAGACAAACCGAAUGCACUAAUCUGCCAGGUUCUUAAUAUUAAGGUUUUUGAGGAGCCCAUCAGUGGCAUGGGUGGAUUGGCAGAAGUCCACGACAGCCAACUCUACAUAAAAGCACUGUUCUCCGUAAACGCCAUCAGAAAAUUCGACGAGAGGGAGGCGUUAACUUCGUGUGCUGAGUUCACCAUGCUGAAGAACAGCUUGCUUGACUUGACCAAGUAUUACAUUAAGAUUGAUUUGCCUUCACAAAUUGAAAAGUCAGAAAUUGCCAUCUUUGUAGAGGACUUUACCAUGGUGGCUUACAACACCUUCCCCGGAUAUCGACGUGUUCCGCUUCAGCCGGCUCUUAGUCAUCCAAACGUGUGUCAUGACCUGCAACGCAUGUGGAGAGCGAAAUUCAAACCUGAUGAACCAGACUGCUCACAAGACCAGUCCCAAGACAGUUCUGUGACAGGGGCCCUCUCUCAACUCCUGGAGGUCAUGGAUGCCUCCUCCCAGCAGGCCUCGGAGCCAUCUGAACCUGAACCGGACGAAGUCAUCGAUGAGGACCAGAACAAUGCACCAACCAGUCAGGGGACCAGUGAAGAAACCCGCCCCUCCAGGGCCGUCUUUGAGUUGGGGCCGGAAGGCUACAACGAGCCAGGGCAGAGCCUUGCGGAGGCCCUCAAGAAGGCAGUCAAGGAGGUUCAAACCAAGCUGAUUAUCGCCAAGAACUUCCCUGAGCUGGCAAACGACAGGAUUCCUGAAUACCUGAGGGAUGCGCAGGGCUUCACCGUGGAAGUGCUACCACAAAACCUGAAACUGGACUUUGCAGGGUGUGCCUUAGACCCUACAGAAUGUGAGAUCCCUGAGGCAGUGAUGGAGAAACUCAAUGCCAUAGAAGAGUGGAAACCUGGAUACAUACCUCCAUCCUCUCUGCCAGCUGCCAGCAGCUCUUCCAUUGAGGCCUUCAGCUUUGUAACGGAGCCAUCUGUGGAGGAGCAGGCGCGGAAGGAACCUGAGGACAUGCAGGAGCAGUUGCCACAAAAUGAGGUUGCUCAACGUGGGUCCAAACGGAAGCUGUCCUUUGAGGAGGUCUUGGAAAGUCCCCGCAAGGUUGCUAGGAACUCAGACUCUGCCCGAGGUGAUGUCACUGGAGAUGGCCUAGAUCAGGGUGAAUCCUCUGAGAAGGGUCUGGACGUGGAAACUCCCAACCAGAGGGUUGUGACAGUGGAAGCCUUAGAUGAGCAAGUGGAUAGGGAAGUAGUGGAUGAUGCAGAAGCCCUAGAUCGGACCAAAUCCUCUGAAAAGGUUCCAGUUGUGGAUACUCCAAAGCAGGAGGGUGCGAUGAUGAAAGCCUUGGAUGAGCAAGCAGAUAGGGAAGAGAUGGAUGGAGCGGAAGCCGUGGAUCAGGGUGAAUCCUCUGUGAGGUUGCCUUGUGCAGUCGCUCAGAACCAGGAAGUUGCGACUGCGACAGCCUUAGAUGAGCAAAAUGAUAGGGGAGUGAUGGAUGAUGCAGAAGCCCUAGAUCGGAGUGAAUCCUCCGAGAGGUUGACUAAUCUAGUUACUCCCAACCAGGAUGUUGCAACCGUGAAAGCCUCAGAUGGGGCAGCAACAGCCGAACAGGUUGGAGCAAACAGGAGCAGCUCUUUCAACCUUGAGAGUUCGGUGGAGAUGGAUGGAAUGACGGCUCUCUGUGAUUGUCUCACGCCGCAGGAGGAUCAACUGGAUGGGGACAGGAGUCUGACAAAUGCCCCGGAGGAGUCUAUUGUGAGUGAUUGGGAUUCCUCCGAUGCCUCGUUGGUCGUAUCAUGUGAGAUGCCGAGUCAAGGUGCUAAUGAUCACUCACAGCAAGCUGAGGAGGAUUCAGUUAUCAUAUUGGAUAAUUCAGUUAUCAUAUUGGACGCAAGCCUAGGAACACAGUCACCACAAAAAGUUGAUCAGCCCAAUUUAUCAGAUGAGGUACAAGCACCUGGAGAGUCUGGAACAUGCACCUCCCCUGCAAACACUCAUAGAACAGAAGCUUUCCGAGCCAGCCCUCCAAAGUCCUCAGUCAUGGUUUGUAAUGCAGAGCCAACCAAAGUAUCAGAAACUGUUGAAGAACUGGCAACAGUUGGCCAAGUAUCAAAUACCAGUGCCGAGCUCUUUGCGGAUGAUGCUGAAAUUUCAAAUGCAGAGGAAGCAUCCGACGCUUCUGACCAGGGAGAUGCCGAAUCUCUGUCACUGACCACAACAUCCAAGCAGUCAUUGAACAUUACCUCAUCAAAAAUCACCUCCAAACAUGUAACAGUUGGAACUGCUGAGGGAAAGCGAGUUCCGAACCAAGUUCCGGUAGACAACAAUACCAGCCGCUCAGGCUUAGCCUCCACCUCCAGGACUGUAAAAGGCAACGUAUCCACUACCAAUGUGAUUCCGUUGAGGAAGGCAGUAUCUCACACGGGUAGCGAGAUGGGGUCCAGGGAAUCCAAAGAUGAGACACAAGGCCAUCGGAAGAUUACCCGAUUACGAUCGCCGACCAUCUGGGGAUCCAUAUCAGCCCCUGUUCACUCGCUCACAUCCCAUCAGCCACCCAAGAAGUGCCAAAGCGAGGCUUCAUUGAGUGUGCAUUCGGAGGAGGGAGUGACCGAUACAUCAAGAGGUAGUAUCGACAACCCAACAUGUAGCAGACAGCUAGAUAGCCACAAAAUAGAGGAGUAUGUGCUGGAAUGGUGUGUGUCUUAUUUCCAGAGUCUGAACAGGAAGCACUGAUGACAACCAGCCUGUGUUAGUUAGCUCGUGUUCUGGCCCACGCUAGCAGGUAUAAGAUUUUGUUACAUCUCGUACAUAAUCGUGAGCCAAAUGUGAUCGAUUCAUUGGUCGCUGUUCUAAACAGUAAACAAAAUUAGCUACUCUGCACCAGGACCAGGGAAGUAGCACCCUCAAGUCUAGAUCCUAGACUUGCCAAUAUAACAUUUACGAUCACAAGUGAGGUUGCUGUUGGUACGUGUACCAUACUGAAAUCAUAAUUAUGAACAUUCCGUGUAAGAGAUUUCUCAACAGAAUUUCCUCUUUUAAUAAGAUGAGGAAACUAAAUAUGUAUUAGGUGUAAUAAAACAAAUACAACAUCGUUUGUACAUGGCAUCUACAAUAGCCUACAGGGUGUCGCAAGGAUACCCGGACAUACCCUUUGCUUAAAAAUGCCUUACAUUGUGCUACAACUGCCUUAUUGCCAUUUCGUGAUUGGAUAAAUAAUGCCGUUUGUUUGCUCGUAUCUCGAUAUCUCCAGUGGCGGUCGUAAUGUAGCUAGCUUGUGCCUGGGUGUGUGUUCCUACGUUCUGUAC